CUUUUGCUCGUGUUCCCACGUCUUUGCGCGUCUCUCCGUUAAUUGUUUGGAUCACGGCAAUGAGCGCGCGUCGCCGGCUUUUCAAGGGCGUGAGCGCUGUAGGUGCUCUCCACAAACACCGGCAUGAGUGGGGGCCGUGGUUCAGUGCGGCGUGCAACAGGAGGUGCAGCUCUAGGAGUGGGCUAUGUGCAGCGCCUCCCAAAGACCGAAGAUCAUCAGAUGGCAUGGUCCCAAUCGAUGAGCACCAGGCUCUAUACAGACUUUGCUUUACCGGUGGUCUUGCAAACAGACCCGGAGACUGCCCACAACCUCACCUUGAAGUGUGGGGAAGCACUUCAGGCCUUCCGCUCGCUUUGGCCUUCUUUGCCGAUGGAGUGGUUGCUAAGCCCUCCUGAGGGGCGCCUGCAGGGCCCCGAGCUCUCCCAGCAAGUCUGGGGGUUAACCUUCGAGAGCCCAGUGGGGAUUGCCGCAGGCUUCGACAAGAACGCCUUGUUGGUCCCUCUCUACCGCGCUGGCCUCUUUGGUCUUGGCUUUGCAGAGAUCGGCUCCGUGUCAGCCAAGCCAGCCGCCGGCAACGCCCGUCCCAGGUGUUGGCGGAUUCCCAGCGACGACGUGGUGGUGAACGCCAUGGGCCUGAACAACGAGGGCUCCGACGCGCUCGCCCAGCGGCUCCGGGAGAUGGAGGCGACCAGCUCUGGCCAAGGGCAGCGCCCGGUGGGGGUGAACAUCGCCAAGACCCACGACCCCAGCAUCUUGGGUCCUGCAGCGGUGGAGGACUUCGUGCAGAGCUUUCGCACGCUCUCGCCCUUGGCGGACUUCGUGGUUCUGAACGUUUCCUGUCCCAACACCACGGAGGGAAAGACCUUCGAGGAGCCCGACGCCUUGGCUGGGCUGCUGUCGGCCGUAGCGAAGGAGGUGCGGGGCAGAGCGAAGCCCCCGAUCCUGGUGAAGUUGAUGGCGACUCCGGACAGCGAGGAGGGCCGGAGAAGUCAAAAGGAACUGCUCAACGUGAUCGAGGCCUCGGGCAUCGUGGAUGGACUCGUGAUCUCUAACACGAUCAAGAAUCCGGAGGUCCAGCUGAGUCCCGAGGGCCGAGCAGCCGCCGAUGCCAUCGGCAAGGGCGGGGUCAGUGGCAGGGUGAUCCACCAGCGGAGCGUGGCGGCCAUCCGCUCGGCCUACCAAGCCACAGGCGGCCGCUUGACCAUCAUCGGAGUGGGCGGCACAGAUAGCGCCGAGGCGGCGUAUGAGAAGAUCCGCGCGGGCGCCAGCCUGGUGGAAGUCUACACUGGCUUGGUCUACAAAGGCCCAGGUCUAUUUCAAGAUGUGCAGACAGGCGGAAGACGUGCGACGAAGUGGCUCCGCCGUUUGCUGGAGCGAGAUGGCUUCAAUCACAUUGGCCAGGCAAUUGGAAUCGAUAUUAAAUAAUGCAAUAUAAAAA